AUGGACCGCAUCGAGCAGCGCGUGAGGCAGUUGAGAGUGUCUGAUGGAGCUGCUGUUUGGGAUGAUUUGGAGGGUAUGCCGGUAGCCAGCUUGCCGACUAAGUUCAGGAUGCCAAAUAUUGAAAGGUACACUGGUAUCGGUUGUCUGCUCAUCCAUCUCCGACUGUAUAGCACCAUGAUGAGGGCUCAUGGACUGGACGAGCCUCAGAUGAUCACUCUUUUCCCCCUAUCUCUGAGUGGGGCGGCUCAAUACUGGUUUGCUUCUCUGGAGUCCUCGAAACGUCGUACAUGGGAUGACUUGACCCAGGAGUUCCUACGACAGUUUUCGUUUAACACUAUCGUAGACGUAUCGAGGAGAGAGCUCGAGGCUCUGAGGCAGAUGACAGAGGAGUCCAUUCUUCUUUCAUUUCCCGCUGAUUUUGGGUCUCUGGUUAUGGCUUUGUAUAAUGUCGAGGACGACAUCUCGAGAGGUUUAUGGGCAGAUUCUUCCCCUAGUGAUGUUAAGGGGAAGAAACCAUUCGUAGGACAGAGGUCGACAGAUGUUAGUGCUAUCAGUUCAUCCAGUCAGAGGCCUCCUAGGCGUCAUCAGCCUGUCCCACAGCUCCUUGAGACUCAUCCGUCUUGCACACCUCAACAGUUCAGGCCACAGGCACCUUGCCCGGCUUUUGAUCAGACAUAUCAGGCUCAGCCAUUGGCUCUACCUUACUAUGCCACUCAGGGCAUUGAGAGACCUCUUGUUUCAUACACAGCCACUGGACAGCCAUGCUACGCUGCACAGUUCACUCCGAGGCCCGCGCCUUCAUACCCCAGGCCCCGAGCUCAACAGGCCUCUACUCCUUUUGCUUUGAGGACGCAGAGACAGUUUUCACAGAUAGGCAUGCUGUUGAGCCAGGCUCUUCGGAAGCUCACAAAGGCAGGUUUGUUGACUGCACUCACUCCGAGACCGCCCCCUCAGCCUCUACCUCCUCACUACAGAAUGGAUUUGCAUUGUGCCUAUCAUCAAGGGUCAAGACAUGAGACUGAUCGAUGCACCGCGCUGAGGCACGCCAUCCAGGACUUGAUUGAUCAAGGUUUGGUUCACUUGGGUCAGCCGAGUGUAACCCAAAACCCACUACCAGCCCAUACCAUGCAUGCAGUUCCUCCACCAGACGGAGGUAUUCAUUUCCUGGAUUUUGCUGAUUCUGAUGACCAUGUCUGUAUGAUGAGUUGGGACGACAUGGAUCCAGAGCCCAUAGAGUUGGAUGAUAUUUAUGAGAUGAGCAGCAUGUCUUUGGGGCCUCGGGUGCCCACUCCAUUCAGAUUAUUUCCUGAGGCAACCUCAGUACAUGCGUCCAUUGUCGAGCCUCCGACUUCCAUGCGCUAUAGCGUUCAGACGUCGUUCGUCUUAGUCCCAAAUGUUGAGGAAUUUCAGGCUCCACACAGUGAUGAUCCUCAGACUCCGGACGUUCAGUAUAUCCUCCGGGGAGGGAGAGAGGAGGUUAGAGCAGAGGAUGACAAGAUUUUGAGGCAGUUGCAAAGCACUCAAGCUCGUAUUUCUAUCUGGAGCCUUUUAGCAUCCUCCAGUACUCAACGGGAUGCACUGACUCGAGCUCUGAGCCAGAUCAGAGUUGAUACCACGACCACUCCUGAGGGACUCAUUCAUAUGAUGAUGGCUGGCAGAGCCACUUGUAUCGUCUUUUCCGAUGACGACUUGCCACCAGAGGGUUCAGACCACAUGCGUCAUCUCUAUAUAUCUGUUGGCUUUUCAGGUCGUCGAGUUCCAUCUGUCCUUCUGGACAAUGGCUUGGCCCUGAACAUAUGUCCUCUGGCCACCGCCAUCGCUCUUGGAUACGCACCAUCCAAUUUCGGCCCAUCCACGCAAAUCGUCCAAGCUUAUGACAACACUCGUAGAGAGGUUUUGAGGAUUCCUACAUUCUUUAACCUACUUUUGGGCCGACCGUGGAUUCACCGAGCUGGAGCCAUUCCUUCUUCACUUCAUCAGAAAGUGAAGUUCAUCCAUGAGGGCCAAGUAGUCGCCGUACAGUCGGUAGGGGACAUGUUCAUUUUCGCUGAGCCUGUGCUCCAAAUCAGCCAUAGCGACGACGACUUACUGCUGACCGGGUUCACUUUUGAUGAGCAUGGCAGCACUGUAGUGCUUGAUAUGAUGAGAGACAUGUCCUAUCUUCCUGGCAUGGGAUUGGGUCGACGUCAGCAUGGACCGAGCGAGUUCAUCACCAUUCCUGAUCAUGACAUACCAUUCAGACUCGGGUUCAUCCCCACUGAGGCCGAUUAUCUCUAUAUGGCGCGCUUGCGCAAGGAGAGAGUGAGGACUCGGCUGACUCAUACGCCUUUCUAUUAUCCUGUGCGCCCGUACACCAGGAGCCUAGUUGAUUACUUUGUGAAAGCAUUGAAGUCGCAUGCAUCAUCCGAUGGGAUCAUCAGAGGACUUAGCACCACCCAGGAGGCCGAGCUUCAGCGCCUCAUCCAGUAG